GGUUUGCUCAGCCAGCUGAUGUCUGUCAUUAAAGUCGUUGCAACGACUAAUAAUAUGAUUUCCCCCUGUGCAUUAGGAUCUUUUCUCUUCGAGGAACACAAAGGGGACGUCUGCGACUGUUAAUGAGAGGUAUUUCGAGGUCCAGCCUGUGGUCCCAGGUGCAGCCAUGCCCACUUCCCGGCUCUGGGCAGUGGACGUGCACGGACGGGUCUACAGCCUGUCCACAGCGGACCAGCAGUGGGAGCAUUGUCGUGAUGCUGAGAUGUUAUUUAAGCGGGUGACCGCGGCUCAACAAUGCUGCUGGGGCAUAGCCUCUGACAACAAGAUCUACCUGAACGUCCACGCUUGUGACCUUCACAUCCGCUUUCAGGAGGAGACCUAUGAGAAUCAACGAUGGAACCCUGUGGGUGGUUUCUCUGAGCGCUUGUUACCGAGCGACCGCUGGCAGUGGAGUGAUGUCACAGGGUUGCAGCACCAGCCUCCAUCAAGUUUCCAGCUCCCGUCCAGCAGUUGGGAGUGGGAGGGUGACUGGUAUGUGGAUCAGAAUUUUGAGGGGGAACCCACAGAAAAAGAGGGAUGGACUUACUCAAUUGACUUCCCAGCUGUUUACACUAAGGACAAAAAGUGGAACUCCUGUGUCCGUCGCAGGCGAUGGCUCCGCCACAGGAGAUACAAAGCCACGGACUCUUGGGCUGAGAUCCCUUCACAAAAGACUUCUCUGCCAGAUCCCAUCAGUGAUAUCAGCUGUGGUGGAUGGGAGAUAACCGAGGAACCCCGUGGCCUCCUUUGUCUGUGGGCUGUGUCGCUACAGGGGAAGGUGUGGUUCAGAGAAGGUAUUUACCAUCACAAUCCUGAGGGCUCUUUGUGGCAUGACAUCUCCCUCCCCGGGGAGGUGGUCCAGAUCAGCUGCGGCCCUGGAGAACUGGUAUGGGCUGUGCUAUGGGAGGGCCAGCUGAUUGUAAGGGAGGGUGUCAGUCGAGACAAUCACCAAGGUACGUCGUGGUCAAUGUUGGACCCUCCCAGCCCUGACGUAGGCGUCAUGCAUGUGGCAGUAGGAGUCAACGUUGUCUGGGCUUUGACCAAAGAUAACAAAGUGUGGUUCCGGCGCGGGGUCAACUCCCACAAUCCACGUGGCUCCGGCUGGAUCAGCAUGGUUGGAGAAAUGGCCAUGAUCAAUGUAGGACUCAAUGAUCAGGUGUGGGCAAUCGGUAGCGAGGACCGCGCUGUGUACUUCCGCCAGGGUGUCACAGCGAGUGAACUGAGUGGGAAAACCUGGAGGGCCGUCGCUGCUCUCAGAGAUGGGGAUCGGCCUCAUUCCAGUAGCAGCAGUCAGCAAAGUGCUGGAUGUUACUUCAGUGAGUUGCAUCCUCCGUCUGCUUUGAGUGACGUAGAGUCUGAUACAGAAAAAGGAUCCGCAGAUGAAGUCGGCUGUUACAGUGCCGGCAUUGAAUCCUCUGACCAGGCGGUUUCUGACCGAGAACCAGCCUCUGUUGCUGUCCCGCAGGAAAAGUGCGUCGACGAGGGAGGAGAUAGUAGCACUCCGUGUGUUGAUGCGGUUCAGACCGGAGGCCCCGUUGACUCCCAGUGGAGUAACGUGGAUCUGGAGGUGCCGCAGACCCAGCAGGCCCAGACUGGGAAUUUGUCUGACAAUGCAGACACCUGCAGCCUGUCAUCCGUGGCCACAUACACCCUAGCCAUGGAGGACAAUUAUGGAGUAGAUGGGCAUCCUCUUUGGGCAUGGGUCAGUGGUGGGGGCUGCUCUGUGGACAGCCAUUCCCAACUUAACUGGUUCCACAGCACCAUGGGCACUUCAUUAUUGGCCCAGUCCGUCCAGUCCUUGAGUCUGUCUGUCACAGCAGCUCAGAUGGCCACCUGGCGGAGACAAAUCUUUGAACAACUCAGCGAGAGGACCAAAAGAGAGGUGGAUGAGUUCCGACAUUAUGAGCAAGCCAUUGAGCAGUGCGUGUGGGUAAAGAAGGGUACGAUGCAGUGGUGGAGGGACUGGAAGCCGCACAAGUGGAUAGACGUUCACUUUGCACUCGAGCAGUUCUCGGGACCGGAGGGCAACAAGGAUGGCAUCCUUUUCGUCUAUUAUAACUACAAUGAGGAGAAGAAGUACUUGCAUGCCUUUCUCAAUGAGGUGACAAUCCUGGUGCCCGUGCUCAACGAUGCCAAACACACUUUUGCCAUUUACACACCUGAGCGGAUCAAAAAGAGGUGGCCGAUUCGAGUGGCAGCUGCAACAGAAGAGGAGAUGCACGACUGGCUGGCGCUGUUGAGUGCCUCAUGCUGCGACUCUAGAGGCAUUCAGGGCCCUCCUUCCAAACAAGCCAUCUGGUCUAUCACCUGUAAAGGGGACAUCUUUGUCAGCGAGCCCACCCCGAGCCUUGAGGCCAUGCCAUACCCCACCCCCUGCGACCAGAUGUUCUGGCGUCAGAUCGGAGGUCACCUGCGCAUCGUGGAGUGUAACAGCAUUGGGAUCGUGUGGGGGAUUGGUUAUGACCACAAUGCCUGGGUGUAUGCCGGGGGCUACGGCGGAGGCUUCUUCCACGGUCUGCCCACUUGUAAUGACCACGUUUACACACAAACUGACGUCAAGAGCGUCUACAUAUAUGAGAACCAGAGAUGGAACCCUGUCACUGGCUAUACCAACAGAGGGCUCCCUACUGACCGCUACAUGUGGAGUGAUGCCUCGGGAUUGCAUGAGCGCACAAAAACAAACACCAAGCCUCCAUCCCCUCAGUGGGCAUGGGUGUCUGAGUGGGCCAUCGAUUACGGCGUCUCUGGCGGGACGGACCGAGAGGGCUGGCAGUACGCUGCUGAUUUCCCAGCGUGGUAUCAUGGCCAUAAAACCAUGAAGGAUUUUGUGCGACGUCGGCGAUGGGCAAGGAAGUGCAAACUGACGACCACAGGUCCUUGGCAGGAAGUCCCGCCCAUUCAACUGAGUGAUGUGACCGUCCUGCCCUGCACCCCCGACAGCGAUGUGGAUGUGGUACCCCUGUGGGCCAUCAGCAACAAAGGAGAUGUUCUCUGCCGACUGGGAGUUACUGCACUCACUCCUGCUGGAACGUCAUGGCUUCACGUCGGGAUGGAUCAGCCCUUUCAAUCCAUUUCCAUCGGGGCUGCAAGCCAGGUUUGGGCUAUCGCCAGGGACGGUUCUGCCUUCUUCCGCGGAUCUGUGUUUCCUCAGACCCCUGCAGGUGAGUGUUGGUACCACGCCCCUUCUCCAACCAAACAGAAGCUGAAGCAGGUGUCUGUCGGACGGACGUCAGUCUUUGCUGUUGAUGAAAAUGGUAAUUUGUGGUACCGGAAGGGUUUGACCCCAAGUUAUCCUCAGGGGUCCUCAUGGCAGUAUGUUUCUAAUAAUGUGCGCAAAGUUACUGUUGGGCCUUUUGACCAGGUUUGGAUCAUAGCAGACAAGGUACAGGGCAGUCACAGUCUGAGUCGUGGGACAGUGUGCCACCGUCUCGGAAUUCAUCCUUUGGAGCCCAAAGGACAAUUGUGGGAUUAUGGCAUUGGGGGCGGGUGGGACCACAUCACAGUGCGAGGAAAUACCAUGGAGCCCCCCCCUUUCUCUCUCUCUGCCCUUGCAGACACUUCCGCGCAAGCUUCUGGGAGCACCUAAAUUGUCAAGAGACAAAGAGGUCAAUGUUAGCAUUCUGUGAUGUUAAGGCACUCACCGGCCAUGUUUUUCAAGGUGCAAUUACUGUACACACAACCAUGCACGUAGGCGUUUUAUUUUCUCAUUGCCUUUAUCGGACUUUUAUUUCUUGUGACAUUCUUUUCCGUCGCAGACACGGUAGCUUCUCUUUGAACGUCUCGCCGCACUUCACUUUAUUCACGCCCCCUCUCCCCCCUAAAAUGCUUGACCUUUUUUCUUGUCACUCAGUAGUCUCCAAACACAUUUCAUCAUAUACUGUACUGUGGUAUCUGUAUAGAGACGUUUAUUGAUCGUGUAUGUGCAGAAGUGUGCGAUAUUCUGUGGAAAGCAAGUUUAAAUGCUCAGUUUAAUUUGAUACGAUCCUGAGCUCCCUGCUUGCUUACUCGGAGGAUAUUUGUGUUCUCAUGCUGUAUAUAUUUAAUGUUUUCGCCCUCCCUCGGCCAAACACGGGUGCUGUAAAAGUGACGGGAAAUUGAGUUUGAAUGUGCCAGGAGCAGCCAGCAAGUCUUGGGACACCUUUUGAAGUCAAGACAAACACCCUUCAGCAUAGAGCUCAAUGAAUCUUGGGUUGUAAUUGUGUAAAGACUUAACGGUAAGUAAACUACUGUGUUCGCCCAUUAAGAGGAUCUACUGGGGUGGGUCCCUCGGCACCACCCUCCCUCUUUGACUUCCAAGUAUCUCAUGAAACUGUUGGUUAUUUCUUACCUCGCAACAAGCAGAUUUUUUUUUGUUUUUAGACAUUCUUCUGACCACUAUUGAUCGUGAUUGUCUUUGGGGCAUGUGCAUUAUAAAAGGGGGAAGACUUUCCCUGGCUUGCUGGAAAAAAAAAAAAAAUAUUUUUGUAACAAAUCUCUAAUCGACUC